AUGGUGGAAGAGAAUGAAAGCACCAGUUGUUAUGGUUCAAAUAACAGUAAAAGCUCCCCUGCAAUUGCACCACCACCACGCCAGAAAAAACUAUCAAAAAAUGCUCCUGAUAACCGAACUGAUAUAGCAUGGAAACAUGGUAUUGCUGAUCCUGAUAAUCCAAGUAAAAUCCAAUGCAAGUAUUGCCAAAAAAUGAUAACUGGAGGAGUCUAUAGGCUAAAGCAUCACUUGGCUGGAACUCAAAAAUAUGUUGAAGCAUGUAAGAUUGUCCUAGAUGAAAUCAAGAGAGAAAUACUGCAAGUUUGUUCAAGAUUGCAAGAAAAUUUGAUAAAAAAAAUAGAGGCAAUGGUGGAGGAAGAGAUGUCAGAGGCGGGCUCAAAAAGAAUGACCGGUAACAACUCUGGAAACAUAUUUAAGAAAAGUUACAAGUCUAUUUGGAAUAUCAUUGAUGAUAAAUGGGACAAAAGGCUACAUAUGUCACUGCAUGCUGCAGCCUAUUAUCUAAACCCACAUAUGCAUUACGGCCCUAGAUUCAAAGCUGAUAUUGAGGUUAGAAAAGAUUUAAUGGACUGUUUAACUAAAAUGGUGGAUGAUCCUAAAGAACAGUCUAAGAUUGAAGUCCAAAUGCAUGACUUCAAGAAACAAUUAGGGUAUUUUGGCACAGAAUUGGUCAAACGAACACUUGAGAAAUCUACUCCGGCAAAUUGGUGGGAUUCAGUUGGUUCAUCGGGUUGUGAGCGAAACUGGAGUGCUUUUGAGAUGAUUGUCCAAAAAACGAAAGGGGGAAGAACAUUUGAGAUAGAGUUUGAUGAUCUUGGAUUUGAUGAUGAUUGGCUUAUGGACGAAGACGACGACAUUGAAAUUUCGGAUGAAGACUUUAUUCAAAUGAAUCAAGAACAAAUUCAAGAGGAUGAUAUUUUUGUUCAUGAUUUGGAAGAUGAACAUGAUGGGGGGAUAGAUGAAAAUGAAUUUGAUGAUGACUUUGAAGAUGAAAAUGAAGAUGAAGGAGAUAAUGAAGACAAUGAUGAUCCAUUGAGUGAUUAUGACCAACUCCAACAUGAAUUGUUUGGAAAUUGA